AUGAAUUAACAGAGAUGUCCUAACAAGUAGCACAAUUUAUAUCGACAUCAAGCAAUUAGAUACAAGGAGGACACAGUCAUAGAUUCCACCCAUACUAAAUCACAGACUUCGGAUUAGAAAAUAUCUAAAAUAUCAGAAAUCAAAGUUGUGAAUGAUUUUUCAAUUGACUCCUAGUGUUUGGAUCGUAGUAGUAUUCUAGAACAAUCUUUGGAACACGAUUUGCGAUAAUGGCAAUAAGCAUAUAAGAUUGAUAAUUUGAUUGUCUAAAAACUUGAGAAAGGUUCAAUUUAUGAAUUAUCAAUAGAAAUAAAAGAUAUUGACAAUUAAAUAGUUUAGAUUGCGACUCAAUUCGAUGUUUGUAUGAAUUUGCAGUAAAAAACCGAAGCCAAAUUUAGAGAGUUUUAACAACUGAUGAAGGGUACAUAAUUCAUUAAGUUUUCCCGUUCUAAUUGUAAGAAAUGGGAUUAAAGAACGAUCUUUUAUUGUUCGUUUUUGGAUUCGAUUUGUUGGAAAUCAAAAACUUCCAAAUUUCCAUCUGCCAAAUAAACUAUCCCCAUAGAUUCCAUAAUACAGAUUCAUACGAAUUACAAUAAAUACAAAUUGAUUAAAAAGAACUUUGUUUUACCUCCAAAUGCUGAAUAAGAUUGUUUUUUAGCAAUAGAAGCAAAAAAUGGGGUUAGAUUAGAAUUACUUGCAGAGAACAAAGAUGAUUAGUUUUUGUAUGCUAAAAUUUUGAAUCUGUUGAUAAACAAGGAAAGAAAUACAAAAAACCAAAAUCAAUUUAUAAUUGAACAAUAUUGUUUGGAUAUUAAUCUAAUUAGAAAAAAUUUGGAGGGAUCCAAAAAGAAUUUCUUAGAAACAAUAGAUAAAUUACAGCAAAGCUUCAUUUCAACAACUUCAACCCUCUUGAAAUAGGAGAGAGAGAAAACUAAAACAAUCAAAAAAAAAUCGUAGCAUUUAGCUUUUUAAAGUAAACUACAAUUGGAAGAUAUGAAUAAGGAAAAUAAAAUAUAGAAAAAACAAAUAGUUGAAUUACAAUUGGAAAAUGAUUAUUUAGAAAGCAGAAUAGAAUAGUUAUAAGAGUAUUACACUUCAAGAUAGUUAUAAAUUAAGAGCUCAGCUAAUCCUUAGCAAGUUUAGCUAUAUCAAAUAAUUAAAGAUAUAAUUGGUAUGAAUGGAGAUCAAAGUAUUCACAAUGAGUCAUAAUAUGAAUAUUAACCCUAAGAUUAUCAUGAAGAAAAUGUUAAAAACCUACAAAAGCUUUCCACUCUCUAUGAUAGAUAAUAGAGUACUGAAAUGGAAUUAAGAUCAUUCAUCAAAGAAUUACAGGAGGAGAAAUCCUCAAUAGCCACUUAAUUGUAAUAAACAUAACUAGAUUUACAUGAAUAAGAAAUGUAUAUCAUUGAAUUAGAGAACAUAAAUAAUCUGCUACAAACUAAAUUAUAGGAUGUUAAUCAGAUCUUAGAAUUUAAAGAGUAGUAGUUUUCAAAUCUAGUCUAGGAUAUGUAAAAAUUAUAAUAAGAAAUGCCAAAACUAGUGAAUAGCAAUAGUUAACACUCUAUUAGCACUGAGACUCGGAGGUUGCAGACUGAAAAUGAUAAACUUAAAGAUACAAUCCAAUAUAAAAUAAAAGAAUUAAAAAAUUAAAUGAUGAAAGAAGAAUAGAAUUGGAUGAACUUCUUUGUACAAAUAAUUUCUUACAUUUGCUAUUAUAUUUCUCCUGAUGAUUUAUCAUCUGACAUUAAUAUUACUAUACAAGGACUGUAUUACAAGUUGUGUGAGAAGGCUUAUGGAGAAUCAUAAUCCUAGUUGGAUAAUUUGAUCAAUGUGAUUAAACAGAAGGCCAAUUUCUUUUAAAAGCAAUAUAAUGAGUAGUUCCAAUAACUGUUUAAGGAUCAAUAAGCAAUAUUAUGUAGCGUAGCAUCAAGAUUACCUUCUCCGAAAACUACUAAUUCGAGACAAUCAUCUAAUUUAACUCUGCAAUUAGAUAAGACAUUCCAGUCUCCAAGUAGGGUUUUUGUGAAAAAUAAGGCCAAAUUGAGCAAGGAUAAUCAUCCUUUGGAUUCCAUUUAAAUAUAGUAUUUGACUUAAUUAAUUAAAUGA